AUGGAGAAGUUUGGCAAAGCUGUUAACUAUGCUGAUGGGGCGCUGUCGUUCAUAGAAUGUGGCAACGCCAUGGAACGGGACCCGCUGGAGGCCAAGUCUCCAUACACUAUGUACUCUGAGACGGUUGAACUCAUCAGGUUUGUGUCCCCACCAAUGUGUCCCUCCCUCCCUGCCUCCCACCCCUACCCAGGCCAGCCAUCCACACCUGCCCUCAGUGAAAAUUACCAUCAUUAUAUCCAGCACUGCUCCAGUCUACCCCACAAGUCAAGGCAAUUAGCGGACCUCAUUUUAUUAAUGGCAGUGAAAAUGAAAAUAGAUGGACCUUGUAGCUCCUCAUACGACCCAGGGAUUCAUGCACAGAUGAUUGAAAUAUUUUCUUCAAAAACGAUUAGACACAGAAAAUGACACAAGGCCGGCAGUUCUAUGGAUGCUCCCCUGGCUUUCUGGAUGCUCCCCUGGCUUUCUGGAUGCUCCCCUGGCUUUCUGGAUGCUCCCCUGGCUUUAUGGAUAUUGAGUCAUCCUCUCUUGUUGUUAUUUGAACUGAAAUUAAUUAAUUUUUUACUGUGAUUUAUGUUUUUGUCUGUUCUGCUUUUGAAGAUAUGCCAUGAGGUUAAAGAACUUUACAAGUCACUCAGCAACGGUAGCCGAGAAGAAAUUAGCUGUAUUGUGGUGAGUUUUCCCUUGAUACAGUUUCUGAUGUCAACUUCUGUGUGAUGAGUGAAUGAUGGUUGAAGAAAACCCAUCAUUCCUCUGAUGGGUGUGAUGACAGACAAGGUUCUCUAGCCUGUGUGGGCAUUUGGGUUGAUUUAAGAAAAUCCAGCCGGCUUCCAAACCCGUUAGAUGCUAAAUCUGCCGCUUCGCUCAAACACUAUUUAAAUCUCCACUCAGCCAUCCCUCCCGACAAUCGGAUGUAUCUUGAAGGGAGCUUUAAAACACUGCUAAAGCACUUAAUCAGCUUAAAGUGGAUCAUUAUUCUUGUAUUUCAUUAAGCUAUUACGGAUAAUGAAAGAUUUCCUGGCGGCAAGCAACAGCCUAUAAACAUAUACAGUAUACUAACCACACUGCUACAGGGGAGAUGAAGGGAGACUAUAUGCUGCCUGUCAUAUUGAUUGUAUAAUCUGAGUAGAAUGUUAUGGUUAGAAUGCCAUGGUUAGAAUGUCAUGGUUAGAAUGCCAUGGUUAGAAUGUUAUGGUUAGAAUGUCAUGGUUAGAAUGUCAUGGUUAGAAUGCCAUGGUUAGAAUGUCAUGGUUAGAAUAUCAUGGUUAGAAUGUCAUGGUUAGAAUGUUAUGGUUAGAAUGUUAUGAUUAGAAUGUUAUGGUUAGGCUCUCAGUCAUAACAGUGUAGACAGAGUAGGAGUGAGACUCCCAGGUCAUAAUUCCUGUGUUAGUAUACUGUUCAGACAUCAUUAGGGAUGGUGAUGACUCAUUAAUGCCAGAGUGCUGGUGUCAUGUCAUGGGGUGGUGCAUAUGUCCCAAGCAUCUGCUGUCUGGCUACUGCCUCUGUUUUCUAGCUUUUAUUUUCUAAGCAAUUAGAGAGGUACAUUUGAUAACAACAAUAUGAAAUGAUCAUGCAAAAUGGAUAUGUCAAGUUAAUGUGUUAGAAAACACGUUUUCCUUCUUGUUAUUUAUUUGAUGAUUUGUGUUGAAUGUUUAAUGUCCGUAAUUGAUACACAGACUGUUAUGUUGCCAAUACCAGAUAUACUGUAUUAGGUCCUGUAUUGAAUGGAAUGUUGUUAUACUCUUAUCGCCAUAGCAAUCGCUGUUUAUCCCUCCUGUACUUGAGAAUGUUCAAACUGAAGAAGGACCAUGCCGUAAAAUAUUCCCGUUCCCUGAUGGAGUAUUUCAAGGUAACUAACUCGAAUUCUAACUUCUAAUUCUAACUUAUAUGAAUAAAAAGAGUGAUCGCUGUAGAGCACAUCAAGCAAAUUAAGAUUUCUAAAUUGAAUUUAUAUUUGUGUUGAGUUGCGUGUACUCAUUAGUUUGCAUGGUGGUCAUUAAAAGCAAUUAAUGUUUUCGCGGUUAGUGUGCAAACUAAGUGUAUCAAUUAUCUACAUACAUUAGUGCUUAAGCCUGUUUUAAUUAAUUAUGGUGCAUAUUAUUCUAGAGACGCUGUUUGCGUUGCAGUGAUAGCUUUUCUAAGCUGUGCAAUGUGUUUGUAUAGUAGUGCUGCCAAAUGUCAUGUUCUCACAAACCUUUUCCAUUCCAGAAUUCGGCUAAAAGUUCCCAAGCACCUUCACCAUGGGGAGCCAAUGGAAAGUGAGUAACAUUUCACCUCAGUCAUCUAAUGUUGCAUUACAAUGCAUUCUUUAUACCAGAUAUCUCCCGGAACAGAAACAUUUAUGUGCCUACUCCUGGCCAAGCAACGAGCUAAUCCUCUCAGAUGGUGACUGCUUUGUUCAGACAAAAGCAAUGAUAGAAAGAGCCUCUGUCAGUGUGACUUUCAGCACAUCACACUGGUGGGGUGAGAUGAGAUCUGAGAUGAGCUCACCGCUUCACUGUUCUUCUGGAUUCUCCAUGGCAACUGAACCUAACUGAUCCACCCUGUGUGUUUGGGUUUGGGCUUCCGUGGGGCUUCCGUGGGGCUACCGUGGGGCUACCGUGGGGCUUCCGUGGGGCUUCCGUGGGGCUACCAUGGGGCUUCCGUGGGGCUACCGUGGGGCUUCCGUGGGGCUACCGUGGAGCUCGUCAGUGUGUCUGGCAGUCGGCGGUGAGCCAUCCUCUGUGUGUGACUGUGAGCUCCCUUGAGCCUGUCUUUUGUGCUGUUCUGCUGUGAGAGGAGCUGUCAGAAGCAAUUAGCCUCAGAUCCUACUGGCUCCUAGGGCUCCUGCAACCUCCUCCAGUUCACCAUGGUCACAUUAGCAACAAACUAGCCUUUUUAAUCCCAUGUGUCAGCUCUGCUACCUGCGGACUGUAAUCAACAUUAGAUUACACUCUGCUCUGGCCUUUCCCACAGUUUGUUUGUUCUGUCCUUGACAAUCAUGAUUUUUUAUUUUUUAUUUAUUGUCUUUUUUUCACCCUCAAGGGUUUGUUAAUUUCAGCAAAAGCCUCAAACUGCAAGAGAGGGUGCCGAGAGAGGCAAGCUGUUGACAGGGCACAUAAUUUAACUUCACGGGGGGAGUGCCUUUCAAUUUAGUGCUGAAUUAUAGGAUCUGGAGCCUGAUUGUUUAGGUUUGGCACUAAAAGACGGAUGAAUAUGUCCUCUGAUUGAUGGCUCAAGCCGACUGACAGAAGAUCAUGCCAUGGUUGUCAAGCCGAGAAAAGCCCCAGUUUGUCGACCAUACAAAAUCAAAUAAGUAUUAGUGAUUAAGCCUGAUGGAGAGUGGUUAAGCCUGACAGACAGUGGUUAAGCCUGACGGAGAGUGGUUAAGCCUGACGGACAGUGGUUAAGCCUGGCGGACAGUGGUUAAGCCUGGCGGACAGUGGUUAAGCCUGACGGACAGUGGUUAAGCCUGACGGACAGUGGUUGAGCCUGACGGACAGUAUUUAAGCCUGGCGGACAGUGGUUAAGCCUGACGGACAGUGAUUAAGCCUGACGGACAGUGGUUAAGCCUGACGGACAGUAUUUAAGCCUGACGGACAGUGGUUGAGCCUGACGGACAGUAUUUAAGCCUGACGGACAGUGGUUAAGCCUGACGGACAGUAUUUAUGCCUGACCGACAGUGAUUAAGCCUGACCGACAGUGGUUAAGCCUGACGGACAGUGGUUAAGCCUGGCGGACAGUGGUUAAGCCUGACCGACAGUGGUUAAGCCUGACCGACAGUGGUUAAGCCUGACCGACAGUGGUUAAGCCUAACGGACAGUGGUUAAGCCUGACCGACAGUGGUUAAGCCUAACGGACAGUGGUUAAGCCUGACGGACAGUGGUUAAGCCUGACGGACAGUAUUUAAGCCUGACCGACCGUGGUUAAGCCUGACCGACAGUGGUUAAGCCUGACCGACAAUAGUUAAGCCUGACAAAAUAACAUUUAUUGGCUAAAUAUAAACCUAUACAGUUCAAAACUCCCUGAUCAGUGUCACGUUCGUCAUAAUGAUUGGACCAAGGCGCAGCGUGAUAUGCGUACAUCUCUUUAAUAGUGUACUAGCAACACGAUACAAAAUACAAAACAACUAAACGAAACGUGAAGUCCUCGGUCAUGAACAUAAAACAACACGGAACAAGAUCCCACGAAUCACAAGUGCACAAAAGGCUGCCAAAGUAUGGUUCCCAAUCAGAGACAACAAGCAACAGCUGAUUCUCGUUGCCUCUGAUUAAGAACCACCCCGGCCAACCUAGAAACACAUAACCUAGAACAGAACAUAGAAAACGAAACAUAGACACUACACAAAGAAACUAACACCCUGGCUCAACAUACAAGAGUCCCCAGAGCCAGGGCGUGACAGUACCCCCCCCAAAGGCGCGGACUGCGACCGCGCCAACAUAAACCCAACAGGGGAGGGGCCGGGUGGGCAUUCCACCUCGGAGGCGGAUCCGGCUCCGGGCGUGACCACCACCCUCUAACAACCCCCCCGUAGCGCCCCUGGUCUGGCCCCGCUGGCUGGAGCUGGACUGGACAUCGGUGGAGCGGAUUGCUUAGGCUCCGGUGUGGAGCAGCUGACCGGUGAAGCAGGGACGGGCCGGACCGGACUGACGACGCGCACCACAGGCUUGGUGCGGGGAGCAGGGACGGGCCAGACCGGGCUGGCGACGCGCACCACAGGCUUGGUGCGGGGAGCAGGAACAGGCCGGGACGGGCUGACGACGCGCACCAUUGGCUUGGUGCGGGGAGCAGGAACGGGCCGGGCCGGGCUGGCGACGCACACCAUAGCCUUGGUGCGGGGAGCAGGAACAGGCCGGGCCGGGCCGGUGACGCGCACCAUUGGCUUGGUGCGAGGGGCAGGAACAGGCCGGGCCGGAAUGGCGAAGGCGCAUCACAGGCUUGGUGCGAGGGGCAGGAACAGGCUGGACCGGGCUGGCGACACGCACCACAGGCUUGGUGCGGGGAGCAGGAACGGGCCGGACCGGGCUGUGGAGACGGACUGGAGGUCUGGAGCGAAGAGCUGACACAACCCGUCCUGGCUGAAUGCCUAUUUUUACACACUCUGUGUGAGGCAUCAGCACAGGACGUACAGGGCUGUGUACUCGUACUGGCACUACAGCACGUGACACUGGCGCAGGAUAUCCGGGACCGAGGAGGGGUACUGGAGGCCACGAGCGUUGAGCCGGCACACUCCGUCCUGGCUGCAUGCCCACCUUAGCACGACACGUGCGUGGUGCUCGCACAGGACGUACCGGACUGUGCCGGACCACUCGCGGCACAGUACGCAGCUCCGCAUACCUCGGAACAUGCCCAGUCUCACGCUGCCUAGCCUGAGUACAGGGAGUUGGCUCUGCUCUACCUCUAGGCUCCGCCAACCUCCCUUCCAGCCCCCCAAACCCGGUGGCCUCCUCUCCUAAUCCCCAAACUCGCCCCGUAGCUGCCUCCAGCAGCCCCGUCGUCCAUGCCGUGUGCCCCCCCCCCAAAAAAAUUAUUGGGGUUGCCUCUUGCGUGUCCGACGUCGGCCCGGUUGGCGCCGCUGCUCCUCUCUAUGGCGCGCCUCCACCGUCUCCUCCCACGGACGGCGAUCCAUUCCGGCCUGGAUUUCCUCCCAAGUCCAGGACCCCUGCCCGUCCAAGAUCUCCUCCCACGUCCAGGCUGUCUGCUCCUGGACACGCUGCUUGGUCCUUUGAUGGUGGGAUCUUCUGUCACGUUCGUCAUAAUGAUUGGACCAAGGCGCAGCGUGAUAUGCGUACAUCUCUUUAAUAGUGUACUAGCAACACGAUACAAAAUACAAAACAACUAAACGAAACGUGAAGUCCUCGGUCAUGAACACAAACCAACACGGAACAAGAUCCCACGAAUCACAAGUGCACAAAAGGCUGCCAAAGUAUGGUUCCCAAUCAGAGACAACAAGCAACAGCUGAUUCUCGUUGCCUCUGAUUGAGAACCACCCCGGCCAACCUAGAAACACAUAACCUAGAACAGAACAUAGAAAACGAAACAUAGACACUACACAAAGAAACUAACACCCUGGCUCAACAUACAAGAGUCCCCAGACCCAGGGCGUGACAAUCAGGCUCCCUGGUUCAGAAAGCUAAGAGCGAAAACCUCUCAAAGGGGAAAUGUCCUCAUUGUAAUCUGCCUUUGAUCACUGUAUAUAUAAUUCACUUUACUCCCUGUAUAUAUGAUUCACUUUACUCUCUGUAUAUAUCAAAUCUGUAUAUAUUAAUUCACUUUACUCCCUGUAUAUGUAAUUCACUUUACUCCCUGUAUAUAUAAUUCACUUUACUCUGUAUUAAUUCACUUUACUUUCUGUAUACAAUACCAGUCAAAAGUUUGGACACACCUACUCUUUCCGGGGUUUUUCUUUAUUUUUACUAUUUUCUACAUUGUAGAAUAAUAGUGAAGACAUCAAAACUAUGAAAUGACACAUAUGGAAUCAUGUAGUAACCAAAAAAGUGUUAAACAAAUCAAAAUAUAUGUUAUAUUUGAGAUUUUUCAAAUAGCCACCCUUUGCCUUGAUGACAACUUUGCACACUCUUGGCAUUCUCUCAACCAGCUUCAUGAGGUAGUCACCUGGAAUGCAUUUCAAUUAACAUGUGUGCCUUCUUAAAAGUUAAUUUGUGGAAUUUAUUUCCUCCUUAAUGCGUUUGAGCCAAUCAGUUGUGUUGUGACAAGGUAGGGGUGGUAUACAGAAGAUAGCCCUAUUUGGUAAAAGACCAAGUCCAUAUUAUGGCAAGAACAGCUCAAAUAAGCAAAGAGAAAUGGCAGUCCAUCAUUACUUUAAGACAUGAAGGUCAGUCAAUACGGAUAAUUUCAAGAACUUUUAAAGUUUCUUCAGGUGCAGUCGCAAAAACCAUCAAGCGCUAUGAUGAAACUGGCUCACAUGAGGACCGCCUGUGACACUCUGGCUCCAUGGACUUUGAUAUUUGAGCCAGGGUUGUUCAUUUUCAUUUGUUUGGGUGUAUUUCUAUGUUGGGGUGUCUAGGUUGUUGAUUUCUAUGUUUGGUGAUUGUGCUUGAUUAGUCAUAUGACUCCCAAUCGGAGGUAACGAGUGUCAGCUGUCGGCUCGUUAUCUCUGAUUGGGAGCCAUAUUUAUACUGUGUGGUUUCUCCUUGGUUUUGUGGGUUUUUGUUCCGUUUUCGGUCUGUGUACCGUGGACUUCAUUGAGUCGUCUUUUGUUUUGGAUUUUGGUUACUUUGCUAAAUAAAGUCAUGUUUCUUGGACACGUUGCGCCUUGGUCAUACUUGGACGACAUAGACGACCGUGACACCGCCACAGGAAUGGAAGACCCAGAGUUACCUCUGCUGCAGAGGAUAAGUUCAUUAGAGUUACCAGCCUCAGAAAUUGCAGCCCAAAUAAAUCCACUAUCUUUUUUUAUUUGCUUCUGUAAGUAGCUGUUUUGCCCAGGAUAUCAAAAACCAUGGUGUCCAGUGGUUAUACAGUACAGUAUUAUCGCUUUGGUGGUGCCCUGACCUUUCACCUCCAACCACUAACCUGUGACUCCUGUAUUGUGUCUCUGUCUUCCCAGGAGCACAGGCACCCCGUCGCCCCUGUCACUGAGUCCCUCCCCGGUCAGUUCGGUCAGCAGCAGUACAGGCCUUGCGGGCUCCGGGGCCUCCGGCAACGUGGCUAUCCCCCAGCGUAUCCACCACAUGGCCGCCAGCCACGUCAACAUCACCAACAACAUUCUCCGUAGCUAUGAGCACUGGGACACGGCAGAGAAGUUGGCCACAGAGAGCCAA